CGGAGACGUCAGACUACAUUUCCCGUGAUGCUUUGCGGCUGCCAACUGUCAUUGGCUGUGGGGGGCGGGGUUUAAUGACAGCUGAGAGAGACGGAAGCGGCUUCGCACGGCGGGGCCCCUAGCGGCCGGCACACAGACGUGCAGCAGUGCUGCUGUGCCGGCAUCAUGUGGGUGUUUGGCUACGGCUCUCUCAUCUGGAAGGUGGACUUCCCCUACGUGGAGAAGUUGGUGGGCUACAUUACGUGCUACAGCAGGAGGUUCUGGCAGGGGAGUACUGACCACCGGGGGGUCCCGGGCCAGCCUGGAAGAGUGGUGACACUUGUCGAGGAUCCAGAGGGCUGCGUAUGGGGUGUUGCCUACAGACUGCCAGAGGGAAAGGAGGAAGAAGUGAAAGCUUAUCUUGAUUUCCGAGAGAAAGGAGGCUACAGGACUACCACUGUUGUCUUUUACCCGAAAGAUCCUUCAAUAAAACCAUUCAAUGUACUUCUGUAUAUCGGAACAUGUGAUAAUCCUAACUACCUCGGCCCUGCUCCCCUAGAAGACAUCGCAGAACAGAUUUUUAAUGCCGUCGGGCCCAGUGGGAAAAAUACGGAAUACCUGUUUGAACUCGCCAAUUCACUCAGGGACCUCGUUCCCGAAGAUGCGGAUGAGCAUCUUUUUUCUUUAGAAAAGUUAGUGAGGGAACGUUUGGAGAGAUACCAAAAUCUAAAUUGUAUAUAAUUGCAAACGCUAUGUGCUAUUGCCACAAACUUUUAUCCAUAGAAAUGGAGAUAUGUGUACAAUAGGUAUAGCUUUUAUUUAUUCUUAGCUAGAAAUGAGUUAUGGAAAUAUUUAAAUUUUAUAUGCAAAUGUUUCUCUCGGAGGUUUUAAAACCUUAAAGUUUUUAAAACACAGUAUUUAUUAAAGCCACAUAUUAAAAGGUGGCGUAGAUUUUAGCUCCAGUGCUUGCUGAUCCGGCAAGCACGAAUUGAGUACUGCAAAGAUGGUCAUAUUUUGCACAAAUCCUACUACUGUACGAUAUAAAAUAACUUGAAAAAAAAAAUAUAAACUGAACUGUAGCAUUACUUGAGAACGUUUCAUGCUAAGAAAAUUAUCUUCGCUGGUUAAAUGGAAAAUCCAGUGCACUUGGUCAUUGUAGCGCGCACUCGCAUAACGUUGUGCAUUGAGAUGAUAAAAUUUUGACUAUCCUUGAAA